AUGGCGAAAAAUUCUCUGGAGAAGCAGCCGUUCCCAGAUAACCACCUUCCAGCCAGCUUUCUAAGCUCUCUUCAACGCAAUAUCAAUUUGAAACAAUAUACCUAUGUCUCACUCUUAAAGACAGUUCUGCCAGUGACCCAACACCUCUCAAACACCGCACUUUUCCUGUCCAUCUUUGCACGUCUGAAAAGUGGACUACUGGACCCGCGUGUGCUCGUUUGCCUCGGCUCAGGUUUAUCCAUACUCGGGUUUGGGAUCCACGAGCUCGCAUCUUCAGAGUCGAACGUCAACAAGUCGACGCCUUACACCAAUAGGCUAGCACAAGCACUGAAAUCGUCUAUCCUUGUUUUUCUGGCUCUGGCGUCUUUGGCGCCCGUUUUACGAACUCUUACGGCUGCAACCUCGGACGAUUCGAUAUGGGCUUUGUCAGCUGCGUUGUUUAUACUUCAUGCGGUGUUGGCGGAUUAUACCCCCGAGAGAGUGAGUGUAGUUCGUGAGCACACAGGAGGGGAGAACCAGGGAGGGAAGAGAAAGCCUGACAUCAGUGUUAUCGAUGAAUGCGGCUGUAUCAGCGAGCGUCGUCCUGGCUCCCGACUCCAAACGGAUAUAGCAGUAUUUUCGCUCAUGCUUUAUGCGCUUCAGUCGUUUGCUCUGCUACCAGUGCUGAGGCAACGACUUCAAAGAUAUACGUUCCCUUCGCUGCUACUCACAUGCUUAGUGACUGGCUUCUCGUUUGCUGCUCUACCCUCUCGCAAUCUUGUUUUCCCGUUUGUGAUAUUCCUCAGCCUUUUGACUUUUGGUUCGCCGGCUGUGUUGGUACGGAGCCAGAGAUACAAAAAUCGAAUCCGAGGACCAUGGGACCCAGCUGUCCCCCAGCUCAAUUCCAAAGCCGACUAA